AAUAAUAAAAAGAGUGAAGAAAAUAAUAUUUACCAUAAAGAUGAAAUAGAAAUUGAUGAAUCUAAUAAUGAAUCUGAAAAUGAUUUGCCAUUAAAUAACUUAGAAUUUAAUGAAUAUGAUGAAGAUAAAUUGCCAAAUUAUGAAAAUAUUUGGAAUUAA